AUGUCUCACAUUCUCUCGAUUUCUAUUUCUGUAUUUUUCAGAAAGUUGUCUCUCUCGACUGAUAUUUGUUUCCCUCUUCCACCAGUAUUUCUCCCUCUCAUAUAUUUAUUUUUCUCCCUAUAUUUAUUCCUCCCAUCCACAUAUUUAUUCUUCUCCCUCUCAUCCACAUAUUUAUUUCUCCUCUCCUUUCUAUAUUUAUUCCUCCCACUUCUUCCAGUAUUUAUUCUUCUCCCUCUCAUCCACAUAUUUAUUUCUCCCUCUCCUUUCUAUAUUUAUUCCUCCCACUUCUUCCAGUAUUUAUUCUUCUCCCUCUCAUCCACAUAUUUAUUUCUCCUCUCCUUUCUAUAUUUAUUCCUCCCACUUCUUCCAGUAUUUAUUCCAGUAUUUAUUUCUCCUCUCUCUCAUCCACAUAUUUAUUUUCUCCCUCUCAUCCUAUCCUUUCUAUAUUUAUUCCUCCCACUUCUUCCAGUAUUUAUUCUUCUCCUCUCAUCCACAUAUUUAUUUCUCCCUCUCCUUUCUAUAUUUAUUCCUCCCACUUCUUCCAGUAUUUAUUCUUCUCCCUCUCAUCAUCCAUAUUUAUUUCUCCCUCUCCUUUCUAUAUUUAUUCCUCCCACUUCUUCCGGUAUUUAUUCUUCUCCCUCUCAUCCACAUAUUUAUUUCUCCCCCUCCUUUCUAUAUUUAUUCCUCCCACUUCUUCCAGUAUUUAUUCUUCUCCCUCUCAUCCACAUAUUUAUUUCUCCUCUCCUUUCUAUAUUUAUUCCUCCCACUUCUUCCAGUAUUUAUUCUUCUCCCUCCUCAUCCACAUAUUUUUCUUUUCUCCCUUUCCUUUCUAUAUUUAUUCCUCCACUUCUUCCAGUAUUUAUUCUUCUCCCUCUCAUCCACAUAUUUAUUUCUCCCUCUCCUUUCUAUAUUUAUUCCUCCCACUUCUUCCGGUAUUUAUUCCUUUUCUAUAUUUAUUCUCCCUUCUUCUCAUCCACAUAUUUAUUUCUCCCUCUCCUUUCUAUAUUUAUUCCUCCCACUUCUUCCGGUAUUUAUUCUUCUGCCUCUCAUCCACAUAUUUAUUUCUCCUCUCCUUUCUAUAUUUAUUCCUCCCACUUCUUCCAGUAUUUAUUCUUCUCCCUCUCAUCCACAUAUUUAUUUCUCCUUCUCCUUUCUAUAUUUAUUCCUCCCCACUUCUUCCGGUAUUUAUUCUUCUCCCUCUCAUCCACAUAUUUAUUUCUCCCUCUCCUUUCUAUAUUUAUUCCUCCCACUUCUUCCAGUAUUUAUUCUUCUCCCUCUCAUCCACAUAUUUAUUUCUCCCUCCUUUCUAUAUUUAUCCUCCUAUAUUUAUUCCCACUUCUUCCAGUAUUUAUUCUUCUCCCUCUCAUCCACAUAUUUAUUUCUCCCUCUCCUUUCUAUAUUUAUUCCUCCCACUUCUUCCAGUAUUUAUUCUUCUCCCUCUCAUCCACAUAUUUAUUUCUCCCUCUCCUUUCUAUAUUUAUUCCUCCCACUUCUUCCAGUAUUUAUUCUUCUCCCUCUCAUCCACAUAUUUAUUUCUCCCUCUCCUUUCUAUAUUUAUUCCUCCCACUUCUUCCGGUAUUUAUUCUUCUCCCUCUCAUCCACAUAUUUAUUUCUCCCUCUCCUUUCUAUAUUUAUUCCUCCCACUUCUUCCAGUAUUUAUUCUUCUCCCUCUCAUCCACAUAUUUAUUUCUCCCUCUCCUUUCUAUAUUUAUUCCUCCCACUUCUUCCAGUAUUUAUUCUUCUCCUCUCAUCCCAUAUUUAUUUCUCCCUCUCCUUUCUAUAUUUAUUCCUCCCACUUCUUCCGGUAUUUAUUCUUCUCAGUAUUUAUUCCCUCUCAUCCACAUAUUUAUUUCUCCCUCUCCUUUCUAUAUUUAUUCCUCCCACUUCUUCCAGUAUUUAUUCUUCUCCCUCUCAUCCACAUUUAUUUAUUUUCUCCAGUAUUUAUUCUCCUUUCUAUAUUUAUUCCUCCCCACUUCUUCCAGUAUUUAUUCUUCUCCCUCUCAUCCACAUAUUUAUUUCUCCUCUCCUUUCUAUAUUUUUCUAUAUUUAUUCCUCUCAUCCACUUCUUCCAGUAUUUAUUCUUAUUUCCCUCUCAUCCACAUAUUUAUUUCUCCCCUCUCCUUUCUAUAUUUAUUCCUCCCACUUCUUCCAGUAUUUAUUCUUCUCCCUCUCAUCCACAUAUUUAUUUCUCCUCUCCUUUCUAUAUUUAUUCCUCCCACUUCUUCCAGUAUUUAUUCUUCUCCCUCUCAUCCACAUAUUUAUUUCUCCUCUCCUUUCUAUAUUUAUUCCUCCCACUUCUUCCAGUAUUUAUUCUUCUCCUCUCAUCCACAUAUUUAUUUCUCCUCUCCUUUUUAUUUAUUCCUCCCACUUCUUCCAGUAUUUAUUCUUCUCCUCUCAUCCACAUAUUUUUUUCCCUCUCCUUUCUAUAUUUAUUCCUCCCACUUCUUCCGGUAUUUAUUCUUCUCCCUCUCAUCCACAUAUUUAUUUCUCCCUCUCCUUUCUAUAUUUAUUCCUCCCACUUCUUCCGGUAUUUAUUCUUCUCCCUCUCAUCCACAUAUUUAUUUCUCCCUCUCCUUUCUAUAUUUAUUCCUCCCACUUCUUCCAGUAUUUAUUCUUCUCCCUCCUCUCAUCCACAUAUUUAUUUCUCCUCUCCUUUCUAUAUUUAUUCCUCCCACUUCUUCCAGUAUUUAUUCUUCUCCCUCUCAUCCACAUAUUUAUUUCUCCUUUCUCCUUUCUAUAUUUAUUCCUCCCACUUCUUCCAGUAUUUAUUCUUCGGUAUUUAUUCCCUCUCAUCCACAUAUUUAUUUCUUCCUCUCCUUUCUAUAUUUAUUCCUCCCACUUCUUCCAGUAUUUAUUCUUCUCCCUCUCAUCCACAUAUUUAUUUCUCCCUCUCCUUUCUAUAUUUAUUCCUCCCACUUCUUCCAGUAUUUAUUCUUCUCCCUCUCAUCCAUAUAUUUAUUUCUCCUCUCCUUUCUAUAUUUAUUCUUUCCACUUCUUCCAGUAUUUAUUCUUCUCCUCUCAUCCACAUAUUUAUUUCUCCCUCUCUUUUCUAUAUUUAUUCCUCCCACUUCUUCCAGUAUUUAUUCUUCUCCUCUCAUCCCAUAUUUAUUUAUUCCUCCCCUUUCUAUAUUUAUUCCCUCAUCCACUUCUUCCCAUUUAUUUAUCCGGUAUUUAUUCUCCCUCUCAUCCACAUAUUUAUUUCUCCUCUCCUUUCUAUAUUUAUUCCUCCCACUUCUUCCAGUAUUUAUUCUUCUCCCUCUCAUCCAUAUAUUUAUUUCUCCAUCUCCUCUCUAUAUUUAUCUUAGUAUUUAUUCCUCUUCUUCCUCCUUAUAUGCCUCCCUCUCAUCCAUAUAUUUAUAUCACCCUCUCCUCCCUAUAUUAAUUCCUCCCCCUUCUCCUAGUAUUUAUUCCUCCCGUUUCCCCCCAGAUUUCCCCUCUCAUCCAUAUAUUUAUUUCCCCCUCUCCUUAUAUUUAUUUCUCCCUCUCCUCUCUCUAUUAAUUCCUCCCAUUUCUAUUUACAAUGAUAAUUUUCUCUUUCUUUACUCAUUUGGCUCCACCCACUCAGAGAACUUGCGUUUUGGUUCGCCGUCUCAUUCACUCGACGGUGGGAGGAAAACAAAUUAUAUUAAUCGAUUUAUGAGCAAGAAAUUCAAGACAUGUAAUUAA